AUGGCCGAAAGAAAAGUCCUUAACAAAUAUAUUCCCCCGGAUUUUGAUCCGGAAAAAUUAGAAGAAAGGAAGAAAUUAAUGAGAAAAAUAGAAAAGAAAAGGAACAGAAACAAUAAAUAUAACAAGAAGAAAAAACAUUUUUUAAACAUUAGGAUGAUGUACCCAUUCACCCUGAAAUGUAUCAAAUGUAAAACGUUUACAUAUGUUGGGACGAAAUUUAAUUCAAGAGUCGAAAAAUUAAAAGACGAGAAUUACCUGAACAUACCAAUAUGGAAAUUUUAUGGAAAAUGUUUUGAAUGUAAAAAUGAAAUUAUUUUCAAAACAGAUCCAAAAAAUGGAGAUUAUAUCCUAAUAUCAGGGGGUAUAAGAACAUAUGACGCUCAUAAAGAACAGGAAAUUGCUGAUGAUUAUUACAGAGAAAAUAACAUUAUCAAAGAAGAAGAUAAAUUGAAAAAUACAGAAAAAGAAUCCUACAAUGCCUUAUUAGAAUUAAAAACAAAUGAACAGUUAGAAGAGUUGCAAAAUAUUAAUAAAAGACACAUAGACAAAUUUAACAGCAUCAAUAAAGCUUUACAUAAACUGUAUGAAAAAAAAGGAAUGGAAAAUACCAAAAAUAAUUUCUUCAUGAAUAGCUUAGAUCCAGAAGAUCAAAGAGCCUUUUUCAAUUUACUUAGUAGAAGCAGAAGAACAACAGAUCAGACAUGGGGAAUGUCAAAUGCAGCUAUAGAGGAAAUCCAAAGGGCGUCUAAACCUGAGGAUGAGGAUGUUAUUAUAGAGGUGCUAGAGGAAGGGGAUGAUGUUGAAACGGAGAAUAAAGAUGAGGAAAGCAACGAUGAGGAAAGCAACGAAGAGGAAAGCAACGAAGAGGAAAGCAACGAUGAGGAAAGCAACGAAGAGGAAGACAAAAAAGAGGAAAGCAAAAAAGAGGAAGACAAAAAAGAGGAAAGCAAAAAAGAGGGAAACAAUGAAGAAGAAAAUACCAACAGCUAUAUGUUAAUAAAUCCAUGUAAGCCGCAAGAGAGUCCAUUUCAUAAAAAGAAUUUUUUCGAAAAAAACGUAAAAAAGAGAAAACAUAACAGUAACGAAGUAACGAAAGCAAACAUGGAUAAAGAUAUAGAUGAAUCAAUAAAAGUAAAUCAAAAAAGCGAAAUGAGAAAUGUUUGUGUAAAAGAAAUGGAAGGAUCCACGCUCAAACACAGUGUCAGCACCCGUAAAAACAAAACAAUGUUUGUAAACAGCCCACAAACUACUAUUAAAAAAAAUUUCGAAAAGAAUUACAACUUCAUCAUUAAAAAAAAGGAAGACCUUUCAAGUAUUUUUAACGAGUACAAUUCGGAUAGCGAUCAAAAUUUGGAUCACACAAGUAAUUAA